AAAUCGAAUGCGUUUUAAAAUGGAAAAUUAUCAAGGUAUUCCCAACGACAACACAUCAAAACCUUUAGACCAUGAUAAUUUUGAUGUGGAAUCUAUCUAUAAUUUUGAUGAACUAGAUAUUGACAUUAGUGAAAGUUUAAACGAUUAUGUUGAAGAAUUACCGAUGACAAAAUGGGAUUCUCUAGACGUUGCUUUAAAAAGUUUAAAUAACUCUAAAGAGCUAACUGCUGAUAUUUUGCAAGAGAUCACUUAUCAUCAACUGUUUGAUCAUUGUAGGUUUAUUAUUUAUGUUGCUCAAUGUUUUGGAAUUUCUCAAGAUCCUGCAACAAAAAAUUAUUUGAUGGUGAUGCAUUACUUUGAAGGAGGUAGCCUGAGACAAUAUUUAGAUAACAAUUAUAAUGAAUUAUCCUUUAAUGACAAACUUGGCUUGUUAUAUUCAAUGACAAAUGGGUUAUUUCACAUCCAUCUUAAAGGACUAAUCCAUAAAGAUUUUCAUCCGGGUAAUAUAUUAAAUAAAUAUAAUGAAGAAAUGCAAAAC